AUGCCUUUUCUGAUCCAUCUCUUAUCAACAGUAGAGUUACCCGCCCACCUUACUCCUCACAAGGUCUCCAACGCGAUGCCCACCGCCGAACUCUCAACUCUGGCAAUUGACGCCUCUCCCUUCUUCGACAUCUCCUCCUGCCCGUAUAUCGUCACUGAUGUUAAAAAGCCACUCCCUAACAUCCCUUCGAAAUACGAGCACUCCCAAGAUCCCUACUUCGGCUUGUGCGACAUCGCUGAACUGUGCACCAGCUACCUCGUCAAAACGUUCGGAUGCUCCGAGGAGUCUGACACAUCCCGCUUUCUCCGGCAACCUCGCCUCCCCAUCUUUAUCGCCAAGCUGGUGUACAGGACUGAUGUCCCCAAUUCGGUCGUCUCUGCGACCCUCAUUCUUCUCCAGCGCUUCCAUGCGCGCCUCCCCGCCAACUUCCCCGGCUUCUCUGGCCACCGUCUCUUCCUUGCCGCCUUCAUCAUCGCCGCGCAGGAGUUCUGCGAGUGCAAUAUCGGCUCGGUGUCAGAAGCAAAGACGAGGAGUGCGAGGUAUUGGAGCGAGCUUUCGCAAUUCCCUGAGCGGGACAUUGACGAUUUCCAUGGGCAAUUGUUUGAUGAACUCGAAGGAAAUGUGACUGUUUACCCUAGCUAUGGAGUAUCCUUGGAGAAGAUGAGGGAUAGGACCGUCAAGGUCAACUUGGAUGCUCAAUGGGCGGUUUCUGAUGAUCCCGGCAACGAGAGUUCCGUGGACGACUUGUCGUUGGCGUCUUCGGGGGACUCGAGGGGUUGGAGCGUACCUUCGACGCCGGAAUCAGUGGCUCCUCCUAAACCAACUCGGUCAGUGAGGAAGAAGAUCGCCUCCAUUUUCAAAACAAAGCGCUCUUAGAUGCUCUUUUUGUUGUGGUUACUUUUUGGGACUAUCAUUAUUGACGGUUAUCACUGCUCUUUUUUAUAUACAUCGGUCUCUAGGAUGGACAUUGUUGUAUAUCAUAUCCUAUCACGCAUCGACUUAAACUACACCGUAGAAUUUGAUUACUAUCCCAUAUAACUUUACGGUAGACAGUCUACUUAUCAUUGUCAGCGGUACAGCUCCUCAAAAAUAAUAUCUGCGAUAGCUACUUUCA